UGAAGGAAGCCAAGCGAAACCGAAUCUGCCGCCACGGCAGGCAGCGCCAUCUCGGGGAAGCGUGGUCAACUCGCCAGCUGCCUUCCCAUUGGUCGGUGCCGUGCUUUCGGGCGGCGCUGGCGCCCUUUAGCGGACACGUGGUGCGCUGCUUUGCCACGGUGAGCGGCGAGCGAGGGCCCCUUCCGAGCAGCCUUCCCCUCAUUGAUCCCAGCGCGGCGGUCGGUCCGCUGGCGAGUGUGCGGCACGUUACCGCUCCGGAGUGAGUGCGCCGCCGUCGUUGCCCCCGACUGUGUUUGUUGCUCGUCCCCGGACACCACGCCGUGCGCAGGAGACAGGCAUGCGCCGCGUCCCUCGGAAACCCUGGCGCGUGCCCGGAUGAGACGUGGACGUUGGUGGAUCCGGAAGUAGUGGCGUCCCGAGCGACCCUGCUAGUGUUCCUUCCUUCGUUCGUGAGGUGCGCGGCCUGUCAAUGACGGUGGCCCGUUGUCGGCUCCGAGACGAACGGACCCACGGUCCGGGCCAUCGUGUGAACAACCCUCGGUCCGGAGUGAUGGUGUAUGUUCCCGUGUCACCGCUGCUUCCGCUGCUGCUUUUUCUGUCGGCGAUCAUCGGAAUAGGUCCCGGCUUCGCUUCAGGCCAAGAGACGACUGUGACAGGCCUAGUGGGCGAGUCGGUGCGGCUGCCCUGUGACGUGGACGUGAAACGCUGCGGAAACGUGUACUUCAUCACGUGGACCAAGAACGUGUCCGACGUGUGGAAGCGCAUCUACCUGUACAGCAAUGACGUGGAGAAGCCGCUCCAGGAGCUGGCCAACCCGGACCGGGCCGAUUUCUUCCUGCGCAACUCGACCGCGCAGCUCGAGAUCUUCCCGCUGCGAUUGGCCGACGAGGGCCAGUACAAAUGCGACGUCACCUACGUCAGGGGAAAGUGCCCCUCCCUGUCCUACGCCAACCUCAUCACCCUGGCCAAACCCAGCGUGCCGGUGAUCGAGAUGCAAGGGCAGGCGCUCGAGAGCGGCGCCACGGUGGGGCCGCUACAGGAGGGCGACGUGAUGAGCCUCACGUGCAAGACGUUCGGCGGCAAGCCCAUACCCAAGGUGGCGUGGUACAAGGGCGACAUGCAGCUGUCCGCCACCUUGGACGAGAGCCGUGGAGAGCGCGGUGCGGGAGACGUGGCGGCCACGUUCGCCACGCCACUCAGCCGCCAGGACCUCGGCUCACGCUUCGAGUGCACCGCCACCAACGAGGCCCUCGAGCAGCCUAUCCGCAGCUGGGUCGAGCUCGAUCUGCAUGUGAAGCCCCUGGAGAUCGAGAUGGAGAGCCCGAGCAUGCCGGCCAAGGCGGGCACCGCUCUGCAGGUCCGCUGCGUCAUAUCCGGGGCGCGGCCCGUGGCCGAAGCGGUGUGGUACAACCGGACGACGCGCAUGCCGCACCAGCCGCAGCCCGCCGUCGAGCCCCUGGGCGACGGCACGUUCCGUACCGUGAGCACGCUCGAAGUGGUGCUGACGCGCCACGACCACGAGGGAAGCUUCACCUGCAAGGGCAGCAAUCCCGUGCUGGAAGCGUCCGGGGAGCCGCCCCUCGAAAGAACCGUCGACCUCCUCGUCCUCUAUCCACCAGAGGUCAAAAUCGAGCAGAGCCGCGUGGGUGUGGUGAAGGAGGGAGGUCACGUGGUGCUGCACUGCUCGUACACGGCCAACCCACGCAUGAUCCUCGACAUGCGCUGGUUCAAGGACGAUGCACCUCUGCGAUUCGACCAGGACGAACGGCUGGAACCCAGCAAUCCGGGGCUGCCGACUCUCACCAUACGGCAGCUGACGCGGCGAGACCGUGGCCGGUACAGCUGCGGCCUGCGGAAUGACAUCGGCUGGGGAAACUCUUCCAACAUUGCCCACUUGGACAUCCUAUACGUCCCGACGGUGGCGGCGGUGGUGUCCCCGCCGUUCUUGGAGGAAGGUCCCGGCACCCGGGUGACGCUGUCGUGCAACGUGCUCGAGGGCAACCCGGGUCAGCUACGGCGCGUGCGCUGGCACCGCGAUGGCGAGAUUCUCAACGAGAGCACCGAGCGGGUGGUCGUGUGGGCCGACGUGAUGCGCAACGCCACGGGGAACUACUCCUGCCAAGGCGAGAACGAUGCCGGAUGGGGGCCCGUGUCCGACACCCAGGAGCUGGCCGUCUAUUAUCCUCCCGGCCCCGCGAGCGUCGUGCACGCCAGCGAGUACGCCGUGAAGGGCAAGACGACGACUCUCGAGUGCGUGGUGGAGGACCCGGGCCUCCCGCCGGCCACGCACUAUCGCUGGGAGUUCGAGGGCGAGCUCAUCGUCACGGCCACCGAGUCGGAGCUGGUGACGCCUCCCGGAAGCCUGUCAUCACGUGGCCGCUACUCCUGCGCUGCCGUCAACGACGUCGGAGCAGGACCGAGCGGCGACUACGAACUGCCCGUGCUAGCCCCGCCGUCGUUCAUCGACCAGCUGCCCAGCGUGCACGGGGCGCUGCAGAACUCGACGGACGUGAGCCUGUCGUGCCGCGUCGAGUGCGAGCCGGCCUGCGUGAUCGAGUGGCUGCGCGCCGGCGAGAGCAUCGACUACAGCCCGCAGUUCAGCAUCCAGAGCACGCCGCACCCGGAGGAGCCGGCCGAGAACCGCUUCGCCUCGGUGGUGAGCACGCUCAAGUUCGACAUGACGCAGUGGCCCGGCGGCGUCCUCGACCGGAACUUGGACAACACCACGUUUACGUGCCGCUCGAGCGGCAACCUUGUCGGCCGCGCGGUCUCCUCCACAACGCACUUCGAAGUCGAGUAUCCUCCCGAAGACAUCGAAGUGUCUGUGCAACACCUGCUUGUCUACGAGGGAAACGUGGCCGAUGAGAUCACGUGCAGCGCCAACUCGAAGCCACCGAGCGAGUACAUGUGGAUGUACAACGACCAGGUCAUCUCUGACAGUCCGCUGCUUUUCAUGAACUACAGCCUCGGCCGUGAACGCAGCGGCAACUACACGUGCGUCGCUAGCAACCGGCACGGAUCGGCGUCCUACAACAGCUACAUUGACGUCAUCUACCCACCCUCGUGCGUGCUGUACACGAGCAAGAAUUCGGAGGGCCAGGUGACGCUUAUCUGCGAAGUGGACGCCAACCCGCCGCAGGUCAACAUCAGCUGGAUGUUGGGCAACGAGACGAUCGAGCGGAACGUUUACUCUGAGGGCCUACGCAGCAUAUACACCGUGCCCGACUCGACGGCGCCCGAAUACUAUGGCCUCUACCUCUGCCAGCCCAACAACUCCCUGGGAGGCGCAGAGUGCGAGUACCGUGUGAACGGUCCCGGCGAUGCCUACAACCAUGUAUACCUGGACGAUGAACAAGUUAUGAUGAUUACGGGCAUCGCGGGGCUCAUCGUUUUAAUAUUUAUUAUUAUCAUCGUUCUUAUUGUCCUUAUAAUGAAGAGAAAGCGGAGGAGAGAUCUCAACAGUCCGGUGAAGUCAAAGUCAAAGGCCGGAGCAGAGCCGGUGUACCAGAACGUCGAAGGCAAGACGGAGAACGGGCCCCCACCGAUCGCCAACAGCGAGCCUGAGAACAGGGCCACGUACGAGAACAUGCCUUUCCACCCCCAGAGGAAUUCCAAGGGGUGUCCCUCGACGGCGUCGACAGUCACGUCCGAGUCGACGGUAACCACGUCAGCCUCGGAAGCGCCGUCGCUAGGCAGCUGCAAGGGCCUGAAGCCGUCGUCGUCUACGGCGACGCCUCCGCCCUGCCAGAGGGACGAGCGGCGACCGCCGGCUCACUACGUGAACGUGAUGGCGCCGGCGCGAGCCUUCCCAGACCCCGUGCACGCGAGCAUCAACGGCGUCGGACUGCCGCCGCCGCGGCCCAAGAGCACCAAGCCGGGCAGUCACGUCUCGACGCCGGUUGGAUCGCUGGGUCGCCGCUCGGCGACUCCCAUGAGGACAGAAUCGCGCAACGGUUAUCGCAACGGCGCCGACGGCAUCCCUGCACACGGUGGUGGAUACGGGUUGCCAGCGAGCAGAGCGCACUCGCCCAUGAUGAUGCAGCAACAGCCGUACCACCACUACCCGAGAGCGGCCCUCCACGACGAGGACGGAGGCGGCGGUGGGGACUUGCCGCUCUCGUCGACGCCGAAGGUGCAUCUUCUGCGCACUAACCACCGUGAGGGGGUCGUGUACGCAGACCUAGCGUUGCUCAACAACACGCACAAAGCUGCGGUCCUGUCCUCCAGAAGGGAGGGAGCUCCCACGGAGUACGCCACGCUCAAAUUCCACCAAACGCUAGACAAUGCAGCGGCCGCCUUACAGGCCCGAUAUCAAUGACGAACUCCUGUACGCUGACAUGUACGAGGAUGUGAAAGCUGGCCGGGUGCCGGACCCUCGCCUGGUCAAGCCCCCACUGCCCCCCAAGGGAGGCGCCGGCCCUCCGCCGCCGCAGCCCGAGGUGCCGCCCAAGGCCCG